CGCCAGGUUCCCCACCCUCGGGGAUCUUGGGCUGGCGGCCUCUCUGACUCUGUGUUUAAUCGUUGCCCCUGGCAACGGCCAUUUCCGGAAUUGAGUGCAGAUUGCCCACCAGCACCGCAGGCGCCCGAGCACCGGGGUUCCGGCCUCUACGCGGCGGUUAGUGCGUCGCCGCCGUUCGCCACUCCGACUGGCCUCAGCCGGCCGGGCUCGCAGGCCGCGCAUCCCGGGGUCUUCUCGCAGCUCCAGCGCCUCAGCCGGGCCACCAUGGUUCUGCUGCACGUGAAGCGAGGCGACGAGAGCCAGUUCCUGCUGCAGGCGCCCGGGAGCACCGAGCUGGAGGAGCUCACGGUGCAGGCGGCCCGCGUCUACAACGGGCGGCUCAAGGUGCAGCGCCUCUGCUCAGAAAUGGAAGAAUUAGCAGAACAUGGCGUAUUUCUCCCUCCUAACAUGCAAGGACUGACUGAUGACCAGAUCGAAGAACUGAAGUUGAAGGAUGAAUGGGGUGAAAAAUGUAUACCCAGCGGGGGUUCGGUAUUUAAAAAGGAUGACAUUGGACGAAGGAAUGGGCAAGCUCCAAAUGAAAAAAUGAAGCAAGUUUUAAAGAAGACUGUAGAAGAAGCCAAAGCAAUAAUAUCUAAGAAACAAGUGGAAGCCAGCGUCUGUGUCACUAUGGAGAUGGUGAAAGACGCCUUGGACCAGCUUCGAGGGGCGGUGAUGAUUGUUUAUCCCAUGGGGUUGCCACCCUAUGAUCCCAUCCGGAUGGAAUUUGAAAAUAAAGAAGAUUUGUCAGGAACUCAGGCAGGACUCAGCGUGAUUAAAGAAUCAGAGGCACAGCUGUGGUGGGCGGCCAAGGAGCUGAGAAGAACGAAGAAACUUGCAGACUACGUGGGCAGAAAUGAAAAGACCAAAAUUAUCGUCAAGAUUCAGCAAAGGGGACAGGGAGCUCCAGCCCGAGAACCUAUUAUUAGCAGCGAGGAGCAGAAGCAGCUGAUGCUGUAUUAUCACAGGAGACAAGAGGAACUCAAGAGACUGGAAGAAAAUGAUGAUGACACCUGUUUAAAUUCUCCAUGGGCAGAUAACACUGCUUUGAAAAGACAUUUUCACGGGGUAAAAGACAUAAAGUGGAGACCAAGAUGAAGUUCACCAGUUGAUGAAGCUUUCAAAAAUAUUAGCUCACCUUUCUUUUAGGCGAAGUAAUUAUAAUAAUAAAAAGGACACCCACCACCCUCUAUAAAAGAUGUUGAGAUUUCUAGUUUUCUUAGUUUUCUUUUAGCUUGAAUUUUCAAAAUAGUUAUUCAAGGUUUUAGAACUUAAUAAAUACAUCCUCAAAAGAAAAA